AUCGGUGUCGGGCAAAGAUGUCGCAAAAAACAACUAAAAAUAAUUUUUAAAUUUAACCUCCAUCCGUGGUUUGAUGAAAGCGAAAAUUCAAAUGUUAACAAAAAGGGCACAACAAGUUCAUUUGGUUUCCAAUGAAGUAUGCGCGUCCAGCUGUAUGCCUUUUAUCAAACGUUCUCCAUCUCACACCCUUAAUUCCUUUUCACCUGAAUGAAUUCAUCUUUUGCUGUGGUAUUCAUUGAGUGUUGUAGGGUAUACCAUAUGAUUGCUAUGAAUCAAUGCUACCUUUUCUUAAAUGCAAACAGACAUACAUAUCUCCUCAUACAUACAUAUUUGCCUAGUUCCAGUGUUCGUCCACACAAGUUGCUGUGCGCAGAAUAUCUAUUGCAGAUAGUCAUUGUUUAUGUUGUUUCUAUAUAAUUAUGACAACAAAAUAAUCCGUUACAAGUUUUCAGUUUUGAAACUGUGGAAUGUAUCACCAUGACAACGAUUUUAUGUAUUCGAGCUUUAUUGCUGCAAAUGUCGACUAAAGUACAAUUAUCAACGCUGCGUAGAAUGACGACAAAAAGGAGAAUCGAAAAAAUUAUGAAAAACAAGUAAAAGCGUUCUAAGUUUGGCCGGACCGAAUGUUGGGAACCCCCCACCAUGGAUUCUGGUUAAAAAUGUAUACAAAAUAAAUUUUGUUGAAGAGCAUAACAGAACACUAAAUGCAAAAUUUCAGCCAAAUCGGGCAAAACUUGCGGCUUCUAAGGGCUUAAGAAGUCAAAUCGUGAGAUCGGUUCAUAUGUGAGCUAAAUCAGCUUAUAAGCCGAUCCGUAUGUACUUGGCACAGUUGUUGGAAGACUAACCAGAACACUACAUGCAAAAUUUCAGCCAAAUCGGACAAAAAUUGCGGCUUGUAAGGGCUCAAGAAGUCAAAUCGGGUCAUAGGUUUAUAUAUGGCCCAUUUGGAAACCCUAAUGACCUACAUCAAUAUUAAAUAUCUGCAAAAUUUCAAGCGGCUAGCAUUACGCGUUCGACCGCUAUUGUGAUUUCGUCACGCGGGCGGACAUGGCAAGAUCGACUCAGAACAUCGAUACAAUAAUGAAUACAUAUAUAUAUAUACUUAAUGGGGUCUUAGAUGAAUAUUUCGAGGUGUUACAAACGGAGUGACUAGAUUCGUAUACCCUCAUCCUGUGGUGAAACAGAUUACCCUAUCAUCUGCAGCCGGACAAUAUCGGAUUUUAUGACAAUCCAUUAUCUUCAAAAAGUAAUCGUGCAAAUAUAUAAAUGUUCACUGUGAAACACGAACCUUUAAGUUCAUUCGCACGUCUACGGAAUGUAUUCGCAUGUUCCUCGUCACAAUUUUAUUAUAAUGCGUUGUAACAGUUGUUCAGGGUCGAAUACAUCACUUUUUGCUAAUUGUUAAAUUUUUAUAUCGAUUGACACACGGCUAAAAUUAAAUCACGAAUUCGAUGCUAUAGUUUACAAUCGAUUAUUCGAUUUGGAUCCAGUCAAAUAAUCGAUUCGACGAAAAUCGACUUUUAGAUUCCUAUAUCACACAAUAAACAAACGAAUAACCGAAACAAAAAUCUGAAAUAUCUGUAAUUUUUGAGCAUCAUGCCUGCCGAUCAAAUACAAUAUUCGGAGAAAUAUUUCGAUGCUGUCUAUGAGUAUCGUCAUGUUAUUUUACCCUCCGACCUAACAAAGCUUGUUCCCAAAUCUCAUCUGAUGACCGAAACUGAAUGGCGAAAUUUGGGUGUUCAACAAAGUCCGGGUUGGGUACAUUAUAUGAUGCAUGCUCCCGAGCCCCAUGUUAUACUUUUCAGGCGUCCACGCACAGAUCUACCUGAUCCAGCAAGCACUGCCGCAGCAACUUCGACAACAUCUACGAAUAGCGAUGCGACAAAUUCCAACAAUGUGUCCGUGCAAGGUUAGCAGCAUUAGAUACACUGGGGGUUCGUUGUCGUCUAAUUGUCCGCCAUAAGAAUGAUAGCUUUGUUUUUUAUGACUACGUAUCUGUAUCUGAGUAAUUAUUAGUUGAUUGUGUUAAGUUUUUUUUUAUUGAAUACCUCCAUUUUUCGUUUUAACAAUUUUAAGGAUACAUUCAUAUUUCAUUUUGUAAA